AUGUAUGUGGUGAAUGGUGCACCGAAAAUCAAAACCAGUGACUCGAAAUAUUCCUUCGAUUAUUUUAAUCGCGAAGACUGGGGAGCCAAGCCAUCAUUAGACGUUCGACCUUUAAAAAAACCCGUGCCCUAUGUGGUCAUCCACCACACCUACAAACCUGAUGCUUGCAACACCACGAGGCAGUGCUUUGAUGCUAUGAACUCAAUGCAGGAGUAUCAUAAUAGUAUGGGAUGGGGUGACAUCGGUUACAAUUUCUGCGUCGGUAGCAUGGGUAGCGUGUUCGAAGGUCGCGGUUGGGACAACGUGGGCAUCCACGCGGGACGCGCGAACAGUUACAGCAUCGGUAUCUGCCUGAUCGGCGACUGGAGAGUAUCCCCACCGCCAAACGGAAUGUUGAAGGCAACAAAGAAGCUCAUUGCUAUGGGAGUGGCGAAUGGCUCCGUCAGUCGUGACUAUAGACUUGUUGGUCACAAGCAAAUUAUGGCAACCGAGUGUCCAGGGAUGGCGCUGUUCGACAUAAUCUCGACAUGGGAUCAUUUCACAAAUGGAACUGUAGAUUUUACCACUAUCUCGAAUCAAUCAAAUUUGCCCCUUAAAAAAUUUCUAACAGCU